UACGUUUGGUGCUACGUGCAUCUCUCGUGAAUGUCAGUUCCCUUUCAAUCGCUUCGUGACAUCUAUCUCUCUAUUCCGUCUGGUCAUCGUCGUCUUAUCUCGUCUCCUUUCUCGCGCGAAAAAAACCGAGGCGCGGUCGAGUCGAAUCUCGAGUCGAAUAGAGUCGAGACCGAGAGUCCGAGACGCGUGUGUCAUCGAUACGCUCGGUGAACGACGAACGGCAGGAGCCAACAAUCGAGGGAAGCAGAACUUCGCGGUGAAGGAGCGGAAGCGGACGAGAGAAAGAGAGAAAGAGAAAUAUAAAGAGUAAGAGAUUUGAGAAACUACUUGGGAUACAUUUAAAUAGUGACAGUAACUGAAUUACGGUAAUACGAUGCAGAGCAACGGUUCGGAGAAUGUAGGAUCCGAGAAUGGAGUCGACAAGUCAGGAUGGACGGUUGGGUUAAUUAAUGGGAAGUUUAAGUAUCUAACGGCGGAGACAUUCGGUUUUAAAAUCAAUGCUAAUGGAUCGAGCUUGAAGAAAAAACAAUUAUGGACUUUAGAGGGCAGCGAGCAUCAGGUUUUCCUUCGCUCACACUUGGAUCGAUACCUAGCGGUUGACCAAUUUGGUAAUGUGACGUGCGAAAGUGAGGACUCGUCGGAUCCAGGAUGCGCUUUUCAAAUACAACUUGCUUCUGAUGGCAGCGGGCGAUGGGCUCUGAAAAACCUCCAGAGAGGCUACUUCUUAGGCUCGAGUCAAGAUGAAUUGAAGUGUACCGCUAAGGCUCCAGGCGAGGCGGAGUAUUGGCUCGUACAUCUCGCCGCUAGGCCACAGGUAAAUCUUCGAUCGGCCGGAAGGAAACGUUUCGCACAUCUGAGCGCUACUCAAGAUGAAAUUCACGUAGAUGCGCCGGUGCCGUGGGGUGAAGAUACCUUAUUUACUUUGGAAUUUCGCCCAACGACGGGUGAUGACAACAGUCACGGGAAUCAUUCUAAGUCCGAGGGUGGUCAUUAUGCGCUACAUACUUGUAAUAAUAAGUACCUUGCGCGUGAUGGCAAACUGCUGGACGCCUGCACGCGAGAUUGCCUCUACGCCGCGGAAUUUCACGCUGGUCUUCUCGCUCUUCGGGAUAUACAUGGUGCGUAUUUAGCACCGAUCGGAAGUAAAGCAGUUUUGAAAUCCAGAUCAACAACUGUUACGCGCGAUGAACUUUUCUCAUUGGAAGAAUCUCUGCCGCAGGCAUCCUUCGUCGCGGCAUUGAAUCAGCGAUAUGUUUCUGUGAAGCAAGGUGUUGAUGUGACGGCCAAUCAGGACGAGAUCUCCGGCCACGAGACAUUCCAAUUGGAAUUUGACCGAGUGACAAAACGAUGGUACGUGCGAACGAUGCAAGACCGUUACUGGAGUUUGGAGGCUGGCGGAGGCAUACAAGCGUCGGAUCAUAAGCGCUCGUCGAACGCGCUUUUCGAUCUAGCAUGGCAAUCAGAAGACGGCACAGUUGCGUUGCGUGCGAACAAUGGCAAAUUUCUGGCUACCAAACGAUCCGGCCAUCUCUACGCGAACGCUGAGUUAAAUGGCAACGACUCUGAUGCCGCCAAGUAUUACUUCUACCUGAUGAAUCGGCCCGUGCUGGUGUUGCGAUGCGAGCAAGGCUUCGUCGGGCCGAAGAGCACGGCCAGUCCAAAGCUCGAAUGUAAUAAGGCUGUUUAUGAAACGAUUCGUGUCGAACGAUGCGAACGUGGUGAAGUCAGAUUUAAAGGACAAAAUGGUAAAUAUUGGCAUGCAGACAGCGAGGGAGUGACCGUGGAUUCAGACAUGCCGUCCGACGGUUUUUAUUUGGAACUGCGUGAGCCGUCACGCAUCUGCAUCAAGUGCGUAGAUGGCCGAUAUCUCACCGCAGGCAAGAAUGGAGCGUUGCGUUUAGGCGAGUCAGACUAUGAGUCUGCCACGAAAUGGGAGUUCUAAUGCGGAGGAUAAAACGUAAAUGUAUUCAACUGCCUCCUCAGCUUUGUGGUCGUAACUCGUAGCACCGUGUCCCCGGAACAACAGCAAGAGAUCGGCAGUUUGCGCUGUUUCCUGCCACAUACUUAAUCGAGCAUGCCGUAUCGCGUCAAAACGACGAGUUUUUGAUAUUCGAUGUUCUACUGCAAUAUAUACUUUUUUUUUCUUAGUAAAGUUUCGUGGUUCCACAGUAUAUUCAAGACUGGCGGUUUAUACAUGGAUAACGUAAAAGUUCGAGAGAUAUUCAAAGGACCGGCUAUUACAAUUACGGUCUAUUUUAUAAGUAAAAUACACACACUUUUAUAUCUUUAUAUAUUUAUAGAUAUAUACAGUUGCCACUGCAAAUUCAAUUGUAUAUCGAUGCCCUUUGUAUGUAUUUACACGUUUAUUCAUAAUCCUGAGACAUUGAUCAUAAAAUUGGUUUAUCGUUAUUAAUAUACUUGUUUAGUUUAUCUUAUCUUAUUCUGAGACAAAAGGAAUUUAUAAGUAUAAAUCGAUCAAUAUCAAGGCAUUUAGAAAGAAACAGAGAUUUUUCUUUCUGCUCACAGCGUAGUAAUGGGUUUUUGCUAUCGUUAUGGGUAUAUUUUUUAUAUAUUAAAUAGAUUUUUUUUUUUUAAAGGAUAUAUAUACAUAUUAUAUACAUAAAAUGUUCAGGAUAACGGUCCGCACUGUUUUUACAUUUCCGACAAUUAAAAAAAA